GUUAUAAAAUUAGACGACAACAAAAAAAAAUAUCAUCAUCACCGACCUAAUACUUUUCCAUUCUAUGAAUUAGGGUUGCAGUGGGUCUCCACCAAAAUCAGAGAUUUUCACUAUUGGCUUGACUUGAGAGAGUUUGCGAAGUUUCUUUUUCACGGGGUUCGUUCUUUACACAGAGUUGCUGCAAAUCUGUUUUCGUUUUCUGAAUAGUCGCUACAAAGUUUUCUCUUUCACGGGGUUUGUUAAUAUCCUCUUAGUCGCUACAAAUCUGCUCUCUUUUUUCCUGAUUUCUGCGUUAUCCUCUGAACAAUCCAAUGGACUCUUUUGUUACCGUAGAGAAUAAACCUCUCCCAACCGACAUGGAAUUUACGAUGGAAGAAGCAACGAAGAUUGUAGAGAGGAAACUUUCGGAGAAAGAUUACGUUGGUGCGAAGAAUUUCAUUAACAACGCUUUUAAUUUGUUUCCAAGUCUUGAUGCUCGUUGGAAGACGAUGAUCGAUGUAUACAUCUCUGGAUCAAACGUAGGAGAAUCUGAUUGGUAUGGAGUUUUAGGUGUAGAUCCUUUAUCUGAUGAUGAAACAGUAAAGAAACAUUACAAGCAGUUGGCUCUUUUACUUCAUCCAGACAAGAACAAGUGUUAUGGCGCUGAAGGAGCGUUUAAGUUGGUGUCAGAAGCUUGGUGUUUGUUGUCUGAUAAGCUUCAGAGAAGUUCUUAUGAUCAAAGAAGGAAGAAGUCGAAACAAGGAAAGUCUAGUAAACCUAAAGCUGCAGAUUCAUCAAAACAGAGGAAAAGCAGAACGUUUUGGACAAUGUGUAGAAGCUGUAAGACAAAAGGUGAAUUUCUGAGGCAUUGGAAUCUUAACAAGGCUAUACUUUGUCCAAAUUGUCGUCAGAUUUUCAUUGCUACCGAGAUAACUACAAAAGAACCAAACAAAAGCACCAAAAAGUCUUCUCAUCAACAGCAACAAUGGAGUGUCCAGGAUAAAGUACCAAUCAAAAGCACCAAAAACGCUUCUUCCUCGCCAUCUGUUACUUUUACUUGGAAUUGUUCAUCAACAAAGGCAAGGUCUAAUUGUGGAAGUGCAGCAAAUCAAAAGUUGAAAAGAGGAUUUGAGUCACAAGAAACGGUUGCUCCUGCAGAGAAGAUUAUUAAGAAGGCGAGGACAUAUGUGAGCUAAGAAGUAAGACUUAUAUGACAUUUAGAAGUUUCAUUUGCAUUGUCCUGCUUUUAUACCUUCCAGUGUUUCUUUAGGAUUAUGUUUAUCAAUGUGUAGGAGUGUGUCUUGUAACAUCAUUCAAGUUGAUUAUCAAUGUAGUGUGUAACUCUAUCUAUAUCUUUCUUUACAUUUUUCUUC